AUGGGCGGCAAACAACAAGCUUGUCUUAGUUCCUUUUUCAAGAAAAAGACGACAACUGAACAAGAAACAUCAAUAGUAAAAAAAACAUUGCUACCACCUCCUGCGCCAUCGCUCUCAACUUCAGGGUUACAAAAACAGUAUCAGUAUGAUCCCACAAAUCAAUCUCAUGUUCAACGUGAGGACGCAAACUCGUUAGAACAGAAAAAGCGACAUGAAGCCUUUGUCAAAACCUUUGGUGAUCUGGAAGAAAAACGCGCUCUGAAACGUCAACGAGUGGAUCUUCAUGAAACGACGCUUGGCGGUAUACCUGACGAAGACUUGGAUCAAGAAUAUCCAUCGGCUGAUGACUCGCCGUCUUCCACUACUUCUAAUGUUUUGUUCGACACCUAUGCUAACAAGAACUCUCCUAUCAAAACACAACAACCAUCUAUGAAACAACCAUUUAUGAAAUAUACCCCUUUGGAACAACAAGUGGUUGAUCUCAAACAAAAGCAUCCUGAUGUUCUUCUCGCUAUUGAGGUCGGUUACAAAUUUCGCUUUUUUGGUGAAGAUGCAAAGAUCGCCUCCAAAGUACUACAUAUUGCUCAUUUUAUUGACCGCAACUUUUAUGUCGCAAGUAUCCCGGUGCAUCGUCUGUCUGUUCACGUACGAAGACUCGUUCAUGCAGGAUACAAAGUAGGAGUAGUACGACAGACGGAAACAGCAGCACUGAAAGCAGUCGGUAGUAAUCGAAGCGCUCCUUUUGAAAGAAAACUCCAACAAUUGUAUACCAAAGGUACAUAUGUGGAUGAAAUGACUUUACCUGAAUUGGAUGGAAAAUCAAACAUGGAUAUAAAGGAAGCACCAUCCUCCAGCAAUUAUCUUUUAUGUGUAGUGGAACAAAAUCGAGGUGGAUCUGGAUCUGAUGAAUUUGUCAAAAUUGGCAUUGUGGCAGUCCAACCUUCGUCUGGUGACAUUAUAUAUGAUGCUUUUGAUGAUGGAUAUAUGAGAAGCGAAUUGGAAACUAGACUUUUACAUAUCGAACCUUGUGAAGUGUUAUUCCCAUUCUCUAUUAGCAAACCAACAGAAAAAGUGGCUCGUUAUUUGAUGGAUCAUGGAUCAACAUCUUGGGGUGAAACUAUCCGUGUGGAAAGAUUAGCAGCCAAUAAUGGUUUUUGCAAUAAUUACGACCUUGCCUUAUCAUACGUUACGGACUUUUAUGCUAAACAGCAAACGGAUCAACAAUCUGAAUUGAUAGGUGAUAUUCUGAAAUUACCUGAUGUUGUGGUCAAAGCAUUAGCCAUUACGAUACAUUAUUUGACUGAAUUUGGUUUACAACAUGCUUUUCAACUUACAAAGUAUUUUACUCACUUCUCUUCGCAUGGCCAUAUGAUUAUCAAAGGGAAUACCAUGGUGAAUUUAGAAAUAUACCGAAACUCAACUAAUUUAUCUGAACAAGGAUCUCUCUUCUCCAUAUUGAAUCAUACAAGUACAAGUUUUGGACGACGACUAUUAAAAAAGUGGGUCGGACGACCAUUGAUAGAUAUUAAUCGAUUGAAUAAACGUACACAAGCAGUUGAAGAACUUAUGAUAACUGACAAUCCGAAAAAGGCGAGAAGUCAAGAUCUAUUGAAAAUGAUUCCUGAUUUGGAAAAAGGUUUAUGCCGGAUCAAUUAUGGUUCCUCAUCUCCUGUGGAACUUGUCAAUAUAUUGGAUGCAUUUUACAAAGUGGCUCAAGCAUUCGAAGGAUUUCAACAUUCACAAACUCAUCGAUUUCAAUCAGAUAUGCUCAACAUUAUUUUUGAUACUUUACCGACUGUACAUGAUGUAGUACUUGAAUUUCAAAGUAGAUUGAACCCAGGUGCUCUCAAUACUCCAAAAUGCAACAUCAAUUUGCUUAGAUCUGAUGAAAACCAUUGGCCUGAACUGCAACGUGGAAAACAGGCAAAGAAUGAAUUAGAAGAAGAAUUAAGUAAAAUGAAGAAAACAUAUGAUUUUCCAAUGGAAUACAAGAAUGUGGCGGGUAUCGAAUACCUGAUAGAAGUCAAAAACUCGGUUGUCAAAAAAGUGCCACCUCAAUGGAUCAAGAUGAGCGGAACAAAGGCGGUAUCACGAUUCCAUUCACCAUUUGUGAUUAACAAGUUGAAAGAAAGAGAACGAUAUCGAGAAAGAUUGGCUUUAGAUGCUGAUGCUGCUUAUCGUGGAUUUUUGAGAUCUAUUGCUGAGCAUUAUGGUCUAUUUCGUGAUGUUAUCCAUUGUUUGGCACAACUAGAUUGUCUUUUUUCUCUAUCUGUAGUAGCAAGUUUACCGAAUUAUGUCAAACCCACGUUUACUUCAGACACAAGACUGAGCGUGGUGAAUGGUCGACAUCCUAUGGUAGAACGUUUUCUUUCUACUUCUUAUGUGCCUAAUGAUAUUCAAUUUGAUAAAGAAAACCAUCGCACAUUGAUAUUGACUGGUCCCAACAUGGGAGGGAAAAGCUCCUAUAUACGUCAAGUGGCACUAAUUUCUAUGAUGGCUCAGAUAGGAUCGUUUGUUCCAGCAGAAUCAGCUGAAAUUGGAAUCUUGGAUGGUAUUUUUACAAGAAUGGGUGCAUCGGACAACAUGAUGAAAGGUGAAAGUACUUUUAUGGUGGAAUUACAUGAGACUGCUGAUAUCAUGAAACAGGCAACUAGUCGAUCAUUGGUGAUUCUAGAUGAAUUAGGACGAGGAACAAGUACUCAUGACGGAAUGGCGAUUGCUUAUGCCGUGUUGGAUUACUUUAUUACAAAAAUUCAAUCCAUUACUCUCUUUGUCACUCAUUAUCCUGCUCUUGGAACCCUUGCCGAUAUAUACCCUGAUUCGACUACCAAUGGCUAUAUGAGCUUUAUUGAAGACGGUCAACAUGAGAUUCCAAAGGUGAUUUUCUUGUACAAAUUAGUGUCAGGUGUGGCCACUAAAAGUUAUGGAUUGAAUGUUGCUUAUUUGGCAAGACUCCCUUUACGUGUAUUAGAAACUGCCAAACAGAAAUCAGAAGAAAUGGAAACCAUGCAGGCACAGCGAUCGACGAACAACAAACAACAACAAAUUUUCAAGAAUCUAUUUGAAUGUAUAAUGCAAGAGGACGUAGAUGGAUUCAAGAAGAUUUAUUCAACGAUGGAAUCUAUUGAUUAG